GGCCCUGACACUGACAUGGGUCACAUGUGAGCACAGGGGCUGGAUAUUUUUGGCAGUGGAGGGGUGGAGCUUCCAGGGCCAUCCCAGCAGCAUGCCGUUCUGGGGUAGACACUUAGAUGCCCUGUUCCACUGUUCUGCUGGCUGCCGAGACUCAGGGUGGAGAUGGAGAGCCAGGCGGGACGUCUCCCCCGGUGCAUGCAGGGUGGUGGCCGUGUGUGCAGCUUUGUGCCUGGAGCCUGGACACCUGAAAACCCCAUCCAGCUCCAAGUCCUGUCACUACUCCAGCACCUCUGCUGACCUGUGAUGGACAACUUCCAGUACAGUGUCCAGCUCAGUGACCAGGACUGGGCUGAAUUCUCGGCAACUGCUGAUGAGUGUGACCUUUUGCAGGCUGGUCUGGCUUCUGGGGACGAGCUUUUUUCUAGUGACAUUGACCAAGGGGACAGCAGUGGUAGCAGCCCACCUGGGCCCCUACCCCUACUCACUGUGCAGCUGGCCUCUCGGGGAAAGGGCUGGCAAGCCUGUGAGGAAGAGAACAGUGUGGCUACCUGGCAGCUGGCCAGCAGGUCUCAGUGUGAGCCUGUCCUGGCUGUGGGGGCCAGUAAGCAGGCCGCCAGCACGUCCACAUGCUCUGAAGCUCUGCUGUCUCCCAGCUCAGGCCCCGCCUCUUUUGACCAGUGCUCCUCCUUCCCAGAGUCAGUAGAUCCCAGUGAAAAGAUGCAGAAGGUUCUGCAGGGCCCUUCCGCCAGCUCUCCUGGGGAGCCCCCCCAGAGUUCUGACUCCCCCAGCAACAGCGUCAUUCCUCAUAAGCCCCCUGACAAUCCUGGGCCCCCUCCACGGAGCCCUGGUCGCAAGAAGAGGCGCAGUGUGGGGAUCCAGGGGCGUGGAUGCUCAGAAGCUCCAGGGCCUGCUGUAGGUCCACCAAGCUCCCCAAAACUCCCUGAGGCCAGGCUGGAGGAAGGCCAUGGCCUGGCUGGGGCCAGGUGGGAGGGGCUUGGGGCUGGGACAGCAAAGACAAUGGCAGGAGCCCAGCAGAGCAAGCCUCAGCCAGACUCCAUGUGUGCCCUCUCUACACCUGUCCCUGUAACUGAGGGAGAUGCAGACCAGAUUGAAAUGACCCCCAAAGCUGAGUUACACAGGGCUUCUGCACCUGCCCAGGGGACUUACCCAGAUGCUUCCAUGGCUGAGCCAGAUGAAGCUUUGUCUACACCUGCCUCCAAGCCUCAACCCUAUGUGGCCUUGUCUACACCUGUCUCCACAUCUAUGCCGAGUGUAGACCUGCCUAUAGCAAGGCCAGUGAUCACGCCAAAGGUGGAUUCACCUCUGCCUGUCUCAGUGGCUGUGAAAAGUAGGGCUCUGCCCCACUCUGCUGACUCUGAAUCUGAUGGGGCCGAAUCUACACUUGUCUCUGGGGCUGAGACUGCUGCACCCGCCCAGCUCCCUGUUCUGCAAACUGGGGCUGAUACGAUAGAGGCAAAGAUGACUGUGUCUCCAACACAGCAUCAAGAGAGUCUUGGAGGGGCUCCUGGACUCGCUUCUGGGGUGCCUCCCCCAGGCCCUGUCCCAGGGCCUAAGAAGAAGAAAGUACGAUUCUCCAUGGCUGCUCCCAGCUCUGAGCAACAAGAGUCAAGAGAGGCUACAGGCCUACCCCCCCUGUCGGCCUCAGCCUGGCCCUCAUCCUCUGGGAUGGCAGUGGGGGGUCGUGAGGGGGCUGCAGCCUGGGAUGCAGUGGCGGUCGGGCCCCGGAGCCCUCAGCCUCGGAUCCUGAAGCACCUGCCGCCUCCUGCUCCCUUGGCUUCUGCAGGGCCUAGGCCUGGGAGCUGCUUUGCGGUGACCCUCCCCGAGGCCUAUGAGUUCUUCUUUUGUGAUACCAUUGAGGAGGAGGAGGAGGGGGAGGAUGAAGGUGUCGGGGAUGAGACAGUAGCCAACCAGGCACUGGGUGAUGUCCAGUGGCCAGAUAUCUGCGAAUUUUUCUUUCGGGACAGCCACACCCAGAGGUCAGGCCACCAGGGGAGCCGCUCCUCUGCCCCACCCCCAGGAGCUGUGCCCCCUAUAUCCACUGUGCCCCCUGGAAACCCCAUACACUUCUCCAUCCCUGAGGCCUAUGAAUACUUCCUUGGGGAAGACAGGUCCAGGGGUGUGCUGCCCCCCACUACCCUUCUCCAGCUGCAGACCUCAGAGCCCUCCAGGAGCAUGGGGACAAGGACCCCACCUGAGCCUGGCCCAGCCAUAGCAGAGCAACUCAACCUGGCAGCCAGGCAGGCAGGAGAGCUCCGGCAUCCCCUCACCUCAUUUACCUUCAGUCAGAACGACAUGUGCUUGGGGUUUGUAGCCCUUGCUACAUGGGCUGUAAGAACCUCAGAUCUGCAAACCCCGGAUGCUUGGAAAACAGUCUUGCUGGCCAAUAUUGGCACCAUCUCUGCCAUCCGUUACUUCCGCCGGCAGGUGAGGCAAGGGCACAGCCCCAGCUCCAGCUCCUAGGACCAGGCCUGGUCUAGGAAGAUUCAAGACAAGGAGAUGAACAGAGAUGUCCAGGAUGAGCCGCUGCCCUCCUCAACCUAGGACCCCAAAGUUCUACACAUGCAGAAGGGAGCCAGUGUCCUUGGUGGUGGCCCUCUUGGACUCCACCUGAGGGUCCACCCAGGGGCCAAGGUCAAGGCCACUAUCCACACCCCCUGGGAGAGAUUUGUAAUCUCUGGGUGGGUAGGAGAUGAGCAGGGAGCUAGUUAAUAGGGCACCAGAUUAGCGAAUAAAACACAGGGCACCCAGUUAAAUUUGGAUUUCAGAUGUACUAUGUGAAACAUUCUUGUACCAAGAAAUUCCUUGUUGUUUAUCUGAAAUCUAAUUUAACUGAGUAACCUCUGUUUCAUCUGGUCAUGUAGGUAGGUGGGGUGGGUUUCAGGAAAGGACCCUGCAAUUAGGAGCGUCAGAGAGCAGCAAGAUCCUGCUGAGUCUGGUGGGGCUGCGAUAGGGAUGCUAGGUGGCAUCAGAGCUGGUGAGAGUGAUUUCCCAGGGAUUAUGCCUUGUGCACAACAGACUAGGCUGGCAAGGGUCUUACAGGCCCCUCUGAACUCCAAGUUUCAAAGUCUAUGGUCAAGGGGUUAGGAGGCCAGCUAGAGUGAAUGAGUAGACGCCUACAGGAUACCUACAGGGUGCGGCAGUGGGCAAGGUCUGGCUUCUCUGGGAAGCCCUAGUCAAGGGUAUAGACAGAACUUAGUGGGCUCAUGGGGAAGGACUGAGCUCUUGGGAUGAUCCCAUGAGUCAGAGAUGGACGGAGAGGCAGGUAAAGGAUCCAAGGAAAAAGAGCAGUGAGUGGAUGCAGGAGGCAACACAGGAUCUCCAGGACGGUGGGAAUCCCCUGAUGUUUAGCAGAGAACACAGACACAGAACCAAUAAAAUCUCUUUUUUCUUGUUUAUGGCA